UGUUUGAUGAGUGACAACAACAAAAGUUUGUUAUCAACGAUGAAUUAACAUUGGAUUAAUUAAUGAAAUGUGUACUAACCAAGAAAUUUUAUGCUAUGCUGGUGAUUUAAUUUGAACAAAGUUGAGGUACUAUGUUUUAUCAGCUGUUUAGUUGGUGCUUUCAUCUUCUCUCUAUCGUUCUCCUUACCUGUAUUCCUGUUUUAUUUUUAACUUGGUUGAUAUCUUGUGGUCUAUUGAUGGCAAUGAAAACCAAUAAAAAUGCCAAAAGAAUCGGUAUAUUCCAUCCUUAUUGUAAUGCUGGUGGUGGAGGUGAACGUGUAUUAUGGGUUUUGUUGAAAGCUCUCAAAACUAAAUACCCGAAUCAUCAAUAUGUUAUCUAUACCGGUGAUCAAGGAGUUACAAAAAGUGAUAUUUUAUCAAAAGCAGCUUCUACCUUUAAUAUCGAUACCGAUUUAGACGUUGACUUUGUUUUUUUGAAAACUCGACAUUGGGUAGAAAAGGAAAAAUAUCCUCGGUUCACCUUGUUACUUCAAAGUUUAGGCUCCAUGAUCAUGGCAGUCGAGGCUCUCUUUAAAUUUCCACCCGAUAUCUUUAUCGAUACUAUGGGGUACAGUUUUUCGUACCCAUUAUUCAAAUAUUUGGGCUUCUGUAAUGUUAUUACUUAUACUCAUUUUCCCACAAUCAGUACCGAUAUGUUGGAAAAUGUCGCAUCUCGACGAGAAGCAGUUAAUAAUCAAGGUUUCAUCGCUCGCAGUCAAUUUUUAUCAAAUAUGAAGCUUAUUUAUUAUAGAUUUUUCGCUCUUAUCUAUGGUUUUAUGGGCCGCUGUGCUGAUAUUGCAUUGGUUAAUUCAACAUGGACUCGUAAUCAUAUCAUGAAAAUAUGGGGAGGUGAUAGAGUUCAUCUUGUUUACCCGCCAUGCAAUAUCGAUGUUUUCCUAGAGCUGUCAUCAGAGUCUAAAAAUAAAUACCAAGUUGUUUCAAUUUCUCAAUUCAGACCUGAAAAGGAUCAUAUCAAACAAAUUCAUAGUUUUGCUAAAUUUCUUGACAAACUUACCCCUGAGGAAUCUUCUAAAGCUAAAUUGGUUUUGAUUGGAAGUUGUCGCGAUUCUCGUGAUGAAGAGCAAGUUGAUAAGUUACGAGAACUAUGUGAAUCGUUGGAUAUUCAUGAAAAGGUCAAUUUCGCGUUAAACUUAAGUUUCGUUCAGUUGCUUGACUUUUUGAGAACAAGUAAUAUCGGGAUUCACACUAUGAGAGAGGAACACUUCGGUAUUGGAGUUGUUGAACUUAUGGCUGCUGGACUGAUUGUGGUUGCUCAUAAUUCUGGUGGCCCUAAGUUGGACAUCAUUCGACCAGGCGAGAAUGGUUUUCUUUCUGAAACAGUCGAUGAGUAUGCUGAUUCGCUACUAGAGAUUGUCAGAAGUGAUGAAAAUAAACUUAACGUUAUUCGUGCUAAUGCGCGUAAGCAUGUCAUGAAAUUCAGUGAGAAAAAUUUCAGUUCGGAAAUAAUCAAAAUAUUUGCCGAUUAUUUAAAAUAAAAUAUAAUUUAUUUCA